UUCUAAUCAAUUUAUACCCUUCUAAAAGGACACUGACAUUUUUAUUUUGUUAUUGUGCUUUUCGUUUGGGUUCUGGAAGAAAUGGUGAAGCAGAUCGCCGAUGAGCCAACGGAACGAAGCGAUUCUAAGUUCAGAGGUGUUCGGAAGAGGAAGUGGGGCAAGUGGGUUUCCGAAAUUAGACUACCUAACAGCAGGGAGAGGAUCUGGUUGGGAUCUUAUGACUCCGCCGAGAAGGCGGCGCGCGCUUUUGACGCCGCCAUGUUUUGCUUACGUGGCCGCUCCGGUAACUUUAAUUUCCCCGAUAAUCCCCAAAUCGCCGGGGGCAGGUCUAUGUCCCCCGCUCAGAUCCAAGCCGCCGCGGCCCGUUUUGCCAAUUCGGAGCCCGGGGCGGGUCGCUCAGACAAACCCGUGACCCCCCGACAAUUGCAGGAGGAGUCUCGGUCUCGCUCACUUUCUGAAGCGACAGCUGUGCCCGUGGAAUCUCCAUCACCCUCGCUUUCUGAGGUGACGUUGCAAACGGACAGUGAAAUGACACUAAAAGAAUCGGUCCCGGACCUUUUUAAGACAACCGGAUCGGGUAAUUACGCGAAUGAAUACGGGAUAUUCGCGGGGUUUGACGAUCUAGCCAGUGAGUUCUAUAUACCAGAAAUGCCGAGUGUGAAUUACGAGGAAGAAAACAUGGAUUAUGGGUUGCUAAUUGACGACUCAUUCCUGUGGAAUUUUUAAGCAGUAAAUUGAGUAUAGCAAACUGAUAGCGACUAAGUUUCGGAUAGUUUUAUGAUUUCCGGAACAUUCACAAGAGCCCCUGGAUUAACUGGAGCUAGGAUUGGUCAAUUUUAGGAGGACCAACCCCCGCGAAUGUUUGGGAAGUUGUAUUGUUUUUCUUCUUUGGAACAAUUUGUGCAGAGAAGAUAAUUAAAAUCAGUUGCAGCGGUCUAACAAUAGGGCUGUAAAGUUUGUUCAGAGAAUUGUUGUAAUUUUUCUGUAGUCAUGC